AUGCUCAGAACCUCCUUACGACAAAAGAGCAGCCAGCUCCUUAAGGCCGGCUGCUCAGCUCGAUCCAUAUGUACCACUCCUAGAACACCUCUAAGCUUCUCGAAAAGCUGCAAAUCCUCCCUCUCCUCGAAACGAAACCCCUUACCUGGACUGUCGCAGAAGCGAUAUGCUGCUGCUGUCGCAUCUGCCCCAGAUCCAAAUGACAGCUUCCUGUCCGGAAAUACCGCAAACUACAUUGAUGAGAUGUACAUGGAAUGGAAACACGAUCCUAAGAGUGUCCACGUCUCAUGGCAGGUUUACUUCAAGAACAUGGAAAGUGGCGAUAUGCCAAUGUCGCAAGCUUUCACUCCUCCACCUACGCUCGUUCCAACGCCAACUGGUGGCGUAGCCAGCUUCAUGCCAGGUCUAGGCAUGUCUGCUGGGGAAGGCUCGGAUGUCACAAAUCAUUUGAAGGUUCAAUUGCUCGUCCGCGCCUAUCAAGCUCGUGGUCAUCACAAGGCGAAAAUCGAUCCAUUGGGUAUUCGCAUUGAGGCCGAGCAAUUUGGGUACAGCAAUCCAAAGGAGCUACGACUCGAGCACUACCAGUUCACUGAGAAGGACCUCGAUACGGAGUACACACUUGGUCCGGGUAUUUUACCAAGAUGGAAGAAAGAGGGACGAGAGAAAAUGACUCUUCGAGACAUUAUCGCAGCUUGCGAGAUGAUGUACUGUGGCUCGUAUGGAGUCGAGUACAUCCACAUCCCGGACAGACAUCAGUGCGAUUGGCUCCGAGAGCGCGUCGAGAUCGAGACACCAUUCAAAUACUCAAUUGAUGAGAAGCGCCGAAUCCUUGACAGGUUGAUUUGGAGUUCAAGUUUCGAAAGUUUCUUGGCGACGAAAUACCCCAACGAUAAACGAUUCGGUCUGGAAGGUUGCGAAACUUUGGUACCGGGAAUGAAGGCACUCAUCGACAGAAGUGUUGACUAUGGAGUCAAGGAUAUCAUUAUCGGUAUGCCUCAUCGUGGGCGUCUCAACGUCCUCAGUAACGUCGUCCGUAAACCAAAUGAGUCGAUUUUCAGCGAAUUCGGUGGGUCUGCUGCGGCAGAGGACGAGGGAUCUGGAGAUGUUAAGUACCACUUGGGAAUGAACUUUGAACGACCAACUCCUUCCGGCAAACGCGUCCAGCUUUCGUUGGUUGCCAAUCCUUCGCAUUUGGAAGCAGAAGAUCCAGUGGUGCUCGGUAAAACCAGAGCUAUCCAGCAUUAUAACAAUGACGAGAAGAAUCACACAACUGCGAUGGGUGUUCUUCUUCACGGAGAUGCAGCUUUCGCUGCUCAAGGUGUUGUCUACGAGUGCCUGGGAUUCCAUUCUCUACCUGCUUACUCUACUGGUGGUACCAUCCAUUUGGUCGUCAACAACCAGAUUGGUUUCACUACUGAUCCUCGAUUUGCUCGCUCUACCGCUUACUGCACAGACAUCGCUAAGUCUAUUGACGCGCCAGUGUUUCACGUCAAUGCGGACGAUGUUGAGGCGGUCAACUACGUCUGUCAAUUGGCAGCUGACUGGCGUGCCGAGUUCCAGAAAGAUGUUGUAAUCGAUCUUGUCUGCUAUCGCAAGUACGGUCACAACGAGACCGACCAGCCUUCUUUCACCCAACCCCUCAUGUACAAGAAGAUUCAAGCACACCCGUCUCAAAUCGAUCUCUACAUUGAUCAGCUAUUGAAAGAGGGUAGCUUCACCAAAGAUGAUAUCGAGGAGCACCGCAAAUGGGUCUGGGGUAUGCUCGAAGACAGCUUUGCUAAGAGCAAGGACUACAAGCCAUCCUCCAAGGAGUGGACAACAUCAGCGUGGAAUGGAUUCAAGUCACCCAAGGAAUUGGCCACUGAGGUCCUUCCCCAUCUACCAACCGGUGUGAAUCAGAAGACUCUAGAGCAUAUCGGAACUGAGAUUGGUACCGCUCCAGAAGGAUUCAACGUCCAUCGCAAUCUUAAACGUAUUCUCACCAACCGCAUCAAGACUGUCAAUGAGGGAAAGAACAUCGAUUGGUCUACUGCUGAAGCCCUUGCCUUUGGAUCCCUGGUCAAUGAAGGUCACCAUGUCCGAGUUUCAGGUCAAGAUGUCGAGCGUGGAACUUUCUCCCAAAGACAUGCUGUUUUCCACGACCAGGAGAAUGAGAAGACAUAUACACCACUUCAACACAUCAGCAAGGAUCAAGGAAAAUUCGUCAUCUCCAACUCCUCCUUGAGUGAGUUUGGUUGUCUCGGUUUCGAGUAUGGUUACUCUUUAUCAUCACCCAAUGCUCUUGUCAUCUGGGAGGCUCAAUUUGGUGAUUUUGCCAACAACGCUCAAUGCAUUAUCGAUCAAUUCAUUGCCUCUGGUGAGGUGAAAUGGAUGCAAAGAUCUGGUCUGGUCAUGUCACUGCCCCACGGAUAUGACGGACAAGGACCUGAACACUCUUCUGGUCGUAUGGAGAGAUAUCUUCAAUUGUGUAACGAGGAUCCUCGUAUCUUCCCAUCACCUGAGAAGCUUGAUCGUCAACACCAGGACUGCAACAUGCAGAUUGCUUAUAUGACUGAGCCAUCCAAUCUUUUCCACGUCUUAAGGAGACAGAUGAACAGACAAUUCCGAAAGCCGCUCAUUAUCUUCUUUUCCAAGUCUCUCCUUCGACACCCUCUAGCACGUUCACCAAUCGAAGAGUUCACUGGUGAAUCUCAAUUCCAAUGGAUCAUCCCCGACCCAGAGCACGGCAAAGCCAUCGAGGAGCCAGAGAAGAUUGACCGAAUUAUUCUCUGUACCGGUCAAGUCUAUGUUCAACUCCACAAAUACCGUGCUGAGAAGGGCAUCAAAAACACCGCGAUUACCCGUAUCGAACAACUCAACCCCUUUCCAUGGCAACAACUCAAGGAGAAUCUGGACAAAUACCCUAAUGCCAAGACCAUCGUCUGGGCUCAGGAGGAACCUCUCAAUGCCGGAGCCUGGUCAUUCACUCAGCCCAGAAUUGAGACCCUGUUGAACAACACUGAGCACCACGAUCGCAAGCACGUUAUGUAUGCUGGUCGUAACCCAAGUGCCUCGGUUGCUACUGGAUUGAAGGCCAGUCAUACCAAGGAGGAGGCUGAGCUUCUUGAGGUUGCUUUCACUGUUACUCAGGAUAAGCUGAAGGGAGAGUAG